AUGCUACAACCAAAUUCUAUGACAUUGACAACGUCUUAUCUACGUGGAGGAUGCAAUAAUUGUUGUACAACGCCAAAUCAAUGUCUCUGCUCUCUGAAUAAAUUCCCUUCGCAUAUUUAUCCAUUCGCCUUGAUGUCAUCAUCGAAUAAUACUAAUAUGAGUAAUGCUCAUAAUGAUUUUAAAGCCUAUUCCCAUCAUCAUAAUUAUAAUAAUUGUAAUUAUUACUCAUCUAAUGAAAAACUAUAUGAAUUACAAAUGAAAUCAUUAUCAAAUCCUCCAGUAGAUACUACUCAUAUCCAUAAUAAUAGUAGUAGUAGCCGGAGUAGUGUAAGUAGUAAUAGUACUAAUAGUGUAAACAGUUGUACAUAUUCACCACAGAAUAAUAAAUAUCUCAGAUCUAAUCUAAACGCUUCAAUCUAUUCACCGAUAACAACAGCAACAGCAACAGUGAUUCCUUGUAAUGACAUCCUAUCGACUACCCGUCGACUGUUUCAUCUGGAUAAAUUCACUGAGAGUAAUCAGAAUCAUGAGUUGUAUAAAAAGGACGAAAAAGAAGACGCAAUAGAAGAAGACGGCUGUUCAUUUCUCCCUCAUCCGAGUAAUCCUCAACGAUAUAAUAAUCCUGAUAAGGCUAAAUUAAUUCCACUCGCAUCAUCUAAUAAAACUGUGAAUCCAUUCCAUCAACUGCUAACAUCUUCCCCGACAAUGUCAGCAUCUACACCAAUUGGAUCCUUUCAGAAUGAUUCAAAUGUAAAUUUGUUGAAAGUAUUAAAUCGUGAAUUUAUUCCUUGGUGUUAUCAUCAUGAUCAAAUGAACACUACCAUGACGUCUACUGAUGAUCAUAUUGUCAGUAGUAUGGUUAGUAGUAAUAAUAAUUCAAAUUCUACUCUGCUUAAUAAUCAUUUCAAUGAAACCAACUGGUAUCCAAAUAUGUUUACAAGGAAUGAAUAUUUUGAUAGUAACAGUACUACUAAGAAUGUUGUACCUGACAUGUCAUAUACACAACAAUAUUCUCUACCUAAUGAAUUUCUUCUCAUGAAUAAGCUGAAAACCAGCGGGAAUACAAAUUCAUCUUUAAUGAAUAACUCGUCUAGUAUGAUUACAGAACGUUUGCAACAUAUUGAUUAUUCAACUUCUUCAGAAAGGAUAAAAAAAUUUUGGUCUUUAAAUGAUAUCUACAAUCAAUCGAUAGAUAUGAGGAGUCCAUCAACCCUUGAAACAGCUAUAACCACGAAAACAGCAACUUCAACACUGCAAACAGUACCACCACCACCACCAACAACAACCAUGAUUUCAUCGAUGUCACAUUCCCCUAGAACAUUAGUUCCACCACAAUGGGACUUCAAUAGUAAUAAUAAUCAUGAUAAUGGUAAAAGUAUUAUUAAUAUCAAGAAUAAUGACAUUAAACUCACCUGUAAUUCAUCACGUAAACGUUCACACAUCAAAGAAUCAAAACAACUGAUUUUAAAAAGUGAUAAAUAUUUCACUGAAUAUCCCUAUCAAAAUAACAACUCCCACGACGACGACGACAAAAAUCAUGAAAUUAUUGACAACAGUAGAAUUAAGUCGAAUUCUACUACUAAUGAUGACAUAACUCUAAAGAAUGUGAAUACUCGUCAUAAUGAUGGCGGAGGUGGUUAUGGAGAUCCUGGCUAUAUUGACGAUGGCGACGAUGAUGUCAGUCACCACUCUUUUGUCGAUGAUGAUGAUGACAAUAAUGACACACAAAGUCCAGAUGAGUACUUGUCUACAAUAAGUCGGAAGAAAAGUCAACUAUCACAUCAUAAUUUAAACAAUAUCAGUUUGAAUAAACCGCGUAAAGAACGCACUGCAUUUACUAAACAACAAAUAUGUGAAUUAGAAAAAGAAUUUACAAUUCACAGUUAUUUAACACGAUUAAGAAGAUAUGAAAUUGCUGUAGCGCUAAAUUUAACUGAAAGACAAGUUAAAGUUUGGUUUCAGAAUCGAAGAAUGAAAUUUAAACGAAUGAGAAGUAGCAGUGUUUCCAAAGAAGAUUCCUAUUCAAUACCCCUUCCAUAUGACGAUGUAUGUUCAAGUAUGCAACAGCUUUGUUAG